AUGGCGAGACCCCAAGAUACGGCUUUGGCCCGAUUCUAUGGCCUCCCUAAGGUGCACAAAGACGGCGCUCCUCUCCGACCCAUCGUGUCGCUCAAAGGUACUCCAACGUACGGACUGGCUAAGUGGCUGUUCCGGCGUCUCAAGUUCCUGACCGCUGAGUCAGACACCACGGUCUCUUCGUCAGCAGAAUUCCUGGAGAAACUCAAAGGGGUAAGCCUCCAUCCAAAUGAGGUCAUGGUAUCUUUUGAUGUUACAUCCCUUUUUACUUCUAUUCCCCAGGACCUGGCGAUCGAGACAAUCGAGCUGCUUCUGCAAAGCAAAUACGAUGAAACGGAGAAUCGUCUUGGACGCGCCCAAGUCCUUCAGCUGCUGAAGUUCUGUCUCAGGACGUACUUCACGUUCGACGGGACAAUCUACGAACAGGUGAAGGGCACACCAAUGGGUUCGCCGAUUUCGGGAUUCAUCGCCGAGGCGGUCCUGCAACGGUUGGAGUCGCUGGUCUUCUAA